GCACCUCCCGGUGGGGGGGAACGCUUCAUGUUUGUGUGCGCCCGAGCACCGCGGCGGCCAUGGCGGAGGCGGCGGGGGGCCCCAGGCCCGGCAGAGCCAGGCGAGGAGCCCGUGCGGCGCCCACCAACAUCCUGCAGCAGCUGCGGUACGGGCAGCUCAGCGGCUGCGGCCUGACGCGGGGGACGCAGAUCACAGAGGCCUUGUUAAAGGAAAGAGAUAAACAAGCAAAAUGGAGUGGGAUUCCCUUGCUGCUGCAGAAGCUCUAUCAACAAAGCCACCCAAACAGCGAUUUCUCCCAGUGCCAAAGUAUCUUAAAGGAAAUUUCCCCACUUCUUUCAAUGGAGGCAGUGGCAUCUGUUACAGAAGAUAAAAAAGCUGCUCAAGAGUCCACUUUCCCAAAUACAUACACGUUUGACUUAUUUGGAGGAGUCGAUCUUUUAGUAGAAAUUCUCAUGAGACCAACUCUUAUCACACAGAAGAAGAAACAGAAAAUAAGCGAUGACCUGAUCAAGGACUGUUUAAGCAUACUGUACAACACAUGUAUAUGUACGGAAGGAGUCACAAGACGACUGGCGGAAAGAAACGACUUUGUGUUGUUCCUGUUUACACUGAUGACAAACAAAAAGACAUUCCUACAGACUGCGACACUCAUUGAAGAUAUCCUGGGAGUGAAAAAGGAAAUGAUCCAACUGGAUGAUAUUCCCAAUCUGGGGAGCUUGGUGUCCAGUUUUGAUCAGCAGCAACUUGCGAACUUCUGCAGGAUCCUUGCUGUCACCAUUUCAGAACUUGACCCAGGCAGUGAUGACAAGCAUACGCUGCUUGCCAAAAAUGCCCAGCAGAAAAAAAACUUGGGUCCUUCUCGAGCUGAAAUUAAUCAAGCUACACUUCUGAAUAUUCCAGGCUUCAUUGAGCGCUUGUGCAAACUGGCAACACGGAAGGUGUCUGAAACAACAGGUACUUCUAGCUUCCUCCAGGAGUUGGAAGAAUGGUACACCUGGCUGGGGCUGGACAAUGCACUAGUGCUUGAUACACUGAUGAGAGUGGCAAAUGAAGAGGCAGAGCAGAGCAGUACAGAAUCUUCAGAUGAGAGUGGCUUAGCCAACACGUCGACACGAGCACAGCUUCCACAGCCCAUGAAGAUCAUGCACGAGAUCAUGUAUAAGCUGGAGGUGUUGUAUGUUCUCUGCGUGCUGCUCAUGGGGAGACAGAGGAAUCAGGUUCAUAAAAUGAUAGCAGAGUUCAAACUGAUUCCUGGCCUCAAUAACUUGUUUGACAAACUGAUCUGGAGAAAACAUUCAGCAUCAGCCCUGGUUCUGCAUGGACACAACCAGAAUUGUGAUUGUAGCCCAGACAUUACUUUAAAGAUCCAGUUCUUGAGGCUUCUUCAGAGCUUUAGUGAUCACCAUGAGAACAAGUAUCUGCUUUUAAACAGCCAAGAACUCAAUGAGCUGAGUGCAAUCUCCCAUAAAGCCAACAUCCCUGAAGUUGAUGCAGUUGUCAACACAGACAGGAGUCUUGUCUGCGAUGGGAAAAGGGGUUUGUUGACCAGACUGCUUCAGGUGAUGAAGAAGGAACCGGCUGAAUCCUCCUUCAGGUUUUGGCAAGCAAGAGCAGUUGAAAGUUUUCUGCGGGGCACCACCUCUUAUGCAGACCAGAUCUUCCUGCUGAAGAGAGGACUCCUGGAGCAUAUCCUCUACUGCAUUGUUGAUAGUGAGUGCAAAUCACGAGAUGUGCUUCAGAGUUACUUUGACCUUCUGGGAGAACUGAUGAAAUUCAAUAUUGAUGCAUUCAAGAGGUUCAACAGGUACAUCAACACAGAUGAGAAGUUCCAGAUAUUUUUAAAUCAGAUCAACAGUUCACUGGUUGACUCAAACAUGCUUGUUCGCUGCAUUACCCUGUCCCUGGAUCGAUUUGAGAAUCAGUCUGAUGCUAAAGUUGCAGAAGUCCUGUCAGAGUGCCGCCUGUUGUCAUAUAUGUCCCAGAUGUCCAUGAGAAUGUCCUUUCUUUUCCGUCUCAUUAAUAUUAUUCAUGUACAGACACUUACACAGGAAAAUGUCAGUUGUUUGAACACAAGUUUAGUUAUCCUAAUGCUGGCUCGAAGGAAAGAAAAGCUGCCUUUUUAUCUGCACACUUUGCAACAGAUGGAAUACACAGAAAAAUACCCAGGCUUCAUCCUGAACAACUUCCACAGUCUCCUGCGAUUCUGGCAGCAGCAUUACCUCAACAAGGAUAAAGACAGCACCUGCUUAGAAAAUAGCUCAUGUAUUAGUUUUGCCUACUGGAAAGAGACUGUAUCUAUACUGCUCAGUCCAGACCGGACAUCCCCCUGUGCCAUAGUUAGCUACAUCGACGAGGCGUAUAUGGACAUUGACAGAGACUUUGCUGAGGAGUAACUCUUCACUCCGGCUUCUGAUGGACAGCGCUUGGAGGGUCCCUCACAGCCCAUGGAUUUUCAGGGAUAUGCUGUGGAGUGUGUGUGUGUGUGCACGGCUUGGAACCGUGGAGCAUUGUCCCAACCCCAGCCCCCCCCAUCCCCAUCUCUGAUCUCUAACAGAUGAGACUCUGAGAGCUCUGGGCAACACAUUCAGGGAUGUAUCUUCCAGCUGUUCUGGGAUAAAAACCAUUACCUGCAAAAAACAGCCUCUUUCUUUUCUCUUUUCCCAGCCCAGUGGGGCUGGUCAGAGAUCGUUCUUUACAGACCCUUGAGGAUGCUCUAUAUGUGCCAGUUGAGUUGUGGCUCUUACAGAAUGAGCAAGUCAAAAAGCACAGAAUUGUCCUCCAGAUGUGAGGUCCAAGGAGCCAGUGUAACCAGGACCCAGCCACCAGCCACGUGCGGAGCCACCACAAGGGCUCCCUUGGGUGCAUCUCUUCUGUUGGGGUUUGGAAUUGGGGUUCUGGGUUGGUUAGAGUGCAUGUGUGUGUGUGUGUGUGUGUGUGUGCGUGUGCUUUUAAUUCCUGAGAGCCCCAGCUCCAGUCACCUCUUUACCAUCUCCUUUUGGAUCAUUUGUUACUAAAUCUGUGCAUUAGGAGAGAACCUCUGCUCCUGCUGUCUUCUCCUUCCCACCUGAAGGUGUUACAGUGCUGUGCAGAAUAGAGACAGCACUGGGACAGUUGCAGCAGGGGUUGGCUCUUUCACAGAGCAUUAAAAUGUACUAAUUUUGGUAAACUUGCAGCUUGUCCCUUCUUGGGGAACUAAUGUGGUUUUAAAAUCCUCUUCAGGACCAUUGCUCUUGAUGCUGACCUGCUAUGCCUGAAGUCUUAUGUCAGUCUCUGCUUUCAGUCCUUAAGCAAAACCCACACACUAAUCUUGAAGUGCAAUAUUUACUGGAGAUGUCAGUUGUUUUCCUUGGAUCUGUUUUAAUCAGAAUGUGUUAAAUGCUGGGAAAAUAAACACUCCUGGUUGAAAGGGA